AUGUCUUCUUACGCCUCUAUUGUUAAAAUGGGUGAUUACAUCUUGAAUUGCCCAACUUUGUCCAAGAUUGUUGUUCCGAUCGCCCACAAGUUCUCUGAUUUAUCUGGUUAUAGAAAAUUAGGUUUAAGAUACAACGACUUGAUUAGUGAAGAAAAUCCAAUUGUUCAAACCGCUUUGAAAAGAUUACCAACUGAUGAAAGUUAUGCUAGGGUUUACAGAAUUAUUAACGCUCACCAAUUGGAAUUAACUCAUCAUUUGUUACCAAAAGAUCAACAAUUGAAGCCAUCUGAUGAUGUUCCAUACUUGUUACCAUACAUUUUGGAAGCUGAAGCUUCUGUCAAGGAAAAACAAGAAUUAGAUAACCUGGAAGUCAAUUAA